AUGUCAUUGUCGCUACGAACCCCAGAAUCGUUUCCAGCAUUUCCGUUCGAUCCUCCUUACUCCAUACAAGUGGAUCUGAUGAAGCAUGUCUAUUCUGCCAUCGAAAACCGCAAGGUAGCUAUUAUCGAGAGUCCCACAGGAACGGGAAAGACAUUAAGCUUGCUCUGUGCUACUUUGACGUGGUUAAUGGAUGAGAAGCAACGAGCAAAGAAGGGAAAACUACCAGAAUCUAGGCGAAGCGGUGAUGCACCUGACUGGGUGGUGGAGCAAACGAGGCAACGCCUGAUACGUGAACUUGAGGUGGAGGAGCAAGAGACCCGAGACCGCCUCAUUAAAGCUCGCAAGCGGGAAGAGGCCAUGGUCAAGAUGUCGAAAGCCAGGGUUAAGAAACGACAGAAAACUACUGAGCAAAGUCAUACGACCGACGAGAUCGAGGGUGAUGACAUGUUUUUACCCGACGAAGAUGUCGACACGGACGAUAAUAUAUCGCCAAGUGUGCGGGCCCUAAUGGCUAAGUUUGAAAUCGGCGGGAAUAAAGCUAAUGGAUGGGAUGGAGCAGCAAAUACACCACACGCUACCAAGAUAUACUAUGCGUCCCGUACGCAUUCGCAGCUUACUCAAGUCAUUCCAGAAUUAAGACGGCUCAACCUACACGCCGACAUUUCCACGGUCCAACAUACAACCGCCACCCCAGGAGUCAAACGCAGUGCCGAAGAGAUCGAAAGUGACGACAUAACUACAUUGUUCACACCUGCCGUAGCCCUGGGAUCCCGCAAACAGCUUUGCAUACACGAGGAGCUGCGGCGAAACCGAUGGGACCUUGAUGAUAAGUGCCGUGACCUAUUAGACGCCAAGGCUGAUAAACGAUGUCCUUAUCUUCCUCCAAUUGGGGACGAGAGUAAGAUGAUCGACUUUCGAGACCAAGUACUAUCGACGCCUAAGGAUAUCGAAGAACUUGCCGAAGCAGGAAAGAUAGCUGAUACAUGCCCGUAUUUCGGGUCUCGCCAUGCGAUUCCCCAGGCUGAGUUGGUGACGCUUCCCUACAAUCUUCUCUUACACAAAGGUGCUCGAGAAGCUUUGGGGAUCGACUUACGAGACCAGGUUGUUGUUAUCGACGAAGCACACAACCUGAUUUCCACUCUUCUGUCUAUCACAAGCGCGCGGCUGACAUCGCGAGCACUAGGCGUUGCAUUUGCCCAAGUAUGCCACUAUGUUGCCAAGUUUCGGACGAGAUUGCUGGCCUUCCAUAUGCUCCAUCUCAAGCGUCUCGUUACUUUCAUGAAAGCCUUGAAAGAAUACCUGGUCGAGUGGGCCAAGUCACCUGCCAGUGCUUCGCAGGCCCACGCGAAGACGAAGACAGAAGCCUUGACACCCGCUCGUCUUUUGGAACGCGUCGGAAAAAAUGUUGCCGGCUUUAACUUCUUGGAGAUUGAGAGUUAUUUACGGAAAAGCAAAGUUGCGAAGAAGAUAUCCAAAUAUGCGGAGGCUAGUAGCUUUCAUAGCAAUCUGCCUAACCACGAGUCAAUCACACUCCCACCUCUCCAACAUGUCGAAGCGUUGAUUGUCGCCCUCGUAUCUGCCAAUGAAGACGGCUGCGUGAUGCUCACCUGCACUGGCCCGGAUGAUGUAGAGGUCAAGUACCAGACACUGAACCCAUCUCCUGCCUUCAUGGAAGUGGUAGAGUCCUGUAGAGCGGUCAUCCUUGCUGGCGGGACAAUGUCUCCGAUGUCCGAUAUUAUCGCUCAGUUAUUCUACCCCUUGGAAUCAUCAAGGCUGUCGACAUUCAGCUGCGGGCAUAUAAUGCCCCCUUCUAACUUGCUGGGUGUGGCGCUUGGAAACGGACCAUCGGGAGUAGAGUUGGACUACAGGGUAGAGCAGCAGCAGAGCGACAAAGUCGUGAUGGAACUCGGCCAAAUUCUGUUAAAUCUCUGCAGGCUCCUUCCUGCCGGUACUGUGGCAUUCUUUCCUUCAUACAGAUUCUUGGCCAAGGUUCGCACGUUAUGGGAAAAGCAGGGUACCCUUAUGAAGUUGACUCAAAGGAAACAAAUUUUCUUCGAACCCCAUGACUCUACCGACGUUGACGCAACGCUGAAAGCGUACAGCCAGGCGGCGAAGGGUACAUCAAACGGCGCUUUGUUGUUCGCUGUAAUUGGUGCAAAGUUGUCCGAAGGGCUCAACUUCUCUGACGAACUCGCACGGGCAGUGAUUAUUAUAGGGUUACCUUUCCCUAACCUUGGGUCAGCCGAACUCCAGGAACGGAUGAAGUUCGUCAGAACGAAGUCGAACAGCCAAUCACAGUCGCAAGGGAAGAAAGAUCCCGGUGUUGAACUAUACGAAAACAUCUGCAUGAACAGCGUCAACCAGAGCAUAGGCCGCGCCAUCAGGCACCGAAACGACUGGGCGGCGUUGAUAUUCCUAGACAAGCGGUAUAAAUCUCAAACGAUCAAGAACAAGCUCUCUGGAUGGAUUCAGCCGCAUUAUCAUCCCGUCGAUACAUUCGGGCAGGGCAUUAAGGCGUUAUCAUCUUUUUACCAAUCACAUAGAACCUGA